CCCGUUUUUGUCUUUGUUCAUUUUCUUGAGAGUUUGAGUCAACAACGCCGCCAAAAAACUCCCAUUUUGAAAAAAACAACCAUGGAGCAAGGCACGGAUGCACACAACUGGACAACCCCAGAGGUGACGGUGUGGCUGCAGCACGCCGUCAAGUUGCCAGAGUUCCUGGCGCCGUUCAGAGCGCUUGCGGUGGACGGACGCACACUUUUGGCGUACGACGAGGUCACGCUGGCCCAUGCACUCUCGGCGUAUAGUAACAUUGACGAGAAGACUCGCCGCAAACUGCUAAAGGAAAUCUCGCAUUUGAAAGCCCCGCCGAAGGCCGCAGAGAAGAGCAACGCGUUCAAGCGCAUUUCCGUGAUGGGCAAGAGCUUUGCCAACAAGAUCAGCGGCGGGCACAGCAACCUUCCGCCCACCGUGCCCGAGUCAGACUACACCCAUUCAUCGAUGAGCCCGGCGGGAGGCUCGCCUGGCCCGCGGGCGGGUACCGGGCCAGCCGGUGGCCGAGGCGCCUUGCCCCCAACUCCCCAAGAAGUUCAACCAGAUAGCUACACGGUUCCUGCAGACGCCAUGACACGCCAGCGAUUGGCCUCGAUCGUCGAAAUGCGCAAAGCUUCCACCAGCAGCAGCAACAGCAGCAACAGCAACAGCCACAUUGCACAACACAACACGACGCAAGACGACAGCGCUUACGGAGUACCGUGGGAUGUUUUGCAAGCACAACGCGCAAAAGCCGCUGCCGCCGAUCCCAACAACCAGCCAUUGUACGAUGUUGUGAGCGACGACAGCCCGGCCGUCCCACAGCCCGCUGCAGCAGAGGCCCUUUAUGAAGCCCCGCUCGACAUUCCUCACCCUGCAGUGCGUGCCCCACCGGCAGGUUCUCACACUCCCAUUCGACCCCCUGCAGUCAUGGCCAACCAAGGAGCAGCCAAUCAUCCUCUUCCUUCUUCUUCCUCUGCUGCUGCGGCGACAGGAGCCGCACAGCGCCACAAUUCGAAUUCCGCGCCACGUGCGCCUGCUGUGAUUGGUCUUGUCAAGCCGCGUGCUGACGAGCCCGACACGGACGUGCACGAAUACGAGGUGCUCUCGCCCGAAGAUGACUUUCCCACACCUGUCGUCAAGCCUGCCAACAAGGCCGCAUCGGCAGUCUCCGCUGCGCCAGCCCCCAAGGCAGAGGCCAUCUACGAGCUCACCUCAGAGGAGCAAGACCAGGUUACCAAGUCCACCAGCAACGAGGCCCUGUACGAGAUACCGUUCGAAGACGGCUCUCCCAUCACCACCGCGGCGGCCCACGUACAGCCUCAUGGCCCCGGCCGAGCUGCUGCAGCUCCCUUCUCAACGCAAACUCCCCCACAGGCGCAGGCGGCUCGCCCCGCUGCUCUGCCAAGCCAGGCUGCCAUCCCCAAAGUUGCAGCGCUCACCAGCCAACUGCGAUCGGUCGUUGGCAACCGCGCGGGUGGCAACGUUGUGCCCAACGACAGGCAACCCGAAACGUUGUACGAAACGCCCUCCGAACUUCCAGUGAAUGAGUACGAGGAGCCGUUUGAUGAUGGAUCAAUGUAUGAAAGCCGCCAUGUGCACUCGGCGGUCACUCAAAAGAGCACCUCCCAGACCUCGGUUGGCAGCAGCGGCGGCAGCAACGGUGGUCUUUCGCGCACGCCGUCCAUUUCCGCCAAUUCGGCGCGCUCCUCCCCAUCGCCGUCGCGCACAAGCUCCACAUCCAGCGGCUCGGGCAUUGGCGCGACCGUUCCGCGUCAAAAAUCCCUCAGCCACCUUGACGAAGGAGAUUCGGCGGUGCACGAGUAUGAGAUGCCUUUUGAGGAGCCUGCCCCACUCGCCGCCCGCCCGCAAGCUCAAUCAGAGGCACCCUCGACCACUUCUGCCAUUCCGCACGCGGGCGGAGCAGGAUUGGUUGCAAUGCCUGGCUUCCGAGCAUCCAUGGCAACUAGUGGUGCAAACAAUCUGCACAAGAAAAUGAGCGACUUAUUUGAGGAGGCUGCCGCGCCACCCGUUUUCCGCGCCCAGAAGCCACAAGCCAUUCCCUCAACCGCUCCAAGCGUCGCUGCCGCUGCUCCGCCAACUGUUGAUCAGGACGCGCUUAUCCGACAGCAACCAUGGUUUAAGAACAUUGGUCGACCCGAAGCCGAGGCGGCAAUCGCUCGCGACCGUCGCGACGGCUGCUUUAUUGUCCGCCCGUCUGACGGCCGUUAUUCCCUCUCCCUGUGGGCUGACAACAAGGUUUACAACAUCAAGUUGCGUGUGGUUGACGGCAAGUGGGCGAUCGGUGAAAGCUCUGAAGAUCGCUUCUCCACCUUGAUUGAGCUUGUGCACUUUUUCACGCUGAAUCCAGUGCAGCUGCGCAACUCGACCUCUGUGGUCCGCCUUUCUCACCCUUGCUCCUUCGCGCCGGAACAUUCUUAGUAUGCCUUCGUUCCCGAAAUCACGCUCGGGUCGUUCCACGCUCGUUUCGAUGCGACUAGCGCUUGAUUUUUUGUUUUUUGAACUUUGUAUUUUUUUUUUAAUUUGUUUUUGGUUUUUGUUUUUGGGGCUUAGGGCUCGGUUGUAGUCAGUCGUGUUUUGAUCGAUGGUCACGCCGGCAUGCUCGUAGUUGCCUUGUCGAAUAUCGUUGUGAUUACAAG